AUGUCUGAGUACGGGCGCAUGGACCCGUUCUCCUUUGCAGGCUCCAGGGAUGUCCAACACCCUGUGAGCAUUCGCAUAAUGAAUCUUGAGGGUGAAGAGCCCCCUUACAAGUCCUCAACACUCCUCGAGCGAGCCGACUUGCGCCAUAUUGGCUCUAACAUGAGCCCCUCCUCCGAUCUUUAUGUCACAGUACAAGUAUGGGCUGGCUCAAAACCGUUGACGGUUCCUGUUCAGACUGCUUACAAGCCCUUCCGAUCCGAGCGAAAAUGGAACGAAUGGCUCCAGCUGCCUAUUACAUACGACUCUUUACCCGCCAACUCAUGCUUAGCCAUAACCGUGUGGGAUCUGUCGCCCAUCGGCGGGAAAGGAGCUCUUGGCCAUGCCAUACCUUUUGGCGGCACAACACUGCCUAUGUUCGACGAGGAUAAUCAAGUACAGAAGGGACGACAGAAGUGUCUUGUCCACCGACAUAAACACGGAGACGGCACUGACGGCACGAUAACACCCGCGUUACUUUCGACAAAGAAGAAAUCGUCUCGAAAAGGCCAAGUUCCUCCACUGGAUAAAGAUGCGGAGGAGUUAGACCGGAUGGAGACUCUAUUCAAGAAGCAUGAAAUGGGCGAAAUUCCACGAGUCGAUUGGCUGGACCAAAUGGUAUUUCGAAGCUUCGAAAAGCGCGGCCUGCAAGCUGCGAAGUCGUCGAUGAAAAUGCUCCAGAGGCAAAGAGCUUUAAAUGGGACGAAUGACCGGGACAGCGAAGACGAAAACGAGGAUGGACGUCCUGGCCAAUCGACGUUCUUACUCAACGUCGAGCUACCACGUUUCGACUUCCCAGUCGUUUUCGCAGACCACGAAUAUGGCCCUCCUCCUAUUUCUUCUCUCCAGAAUCUUUCAGUCUCACAGGCCAGUGUCGCUCAUCGCCAGCCACAGGUUCAGUAUGGCCCUGGCAUCAAUGCUCUAGGCGAGAGCUCCGCAGCGCUCGGUGGACGACUUAUUAAAGCUUAUGAUCCUGAAGCCGGCCAUAGAGACAACCCUGCAGAGGCCAAACAUCGAAGACUUUUCAGAAGCUCACACCGGCACGGAAUUCUUGACAAAGAUUUGAAACCGAACGCAAAGGUUCGAGAUGAGCUUAACCUUAUCAUGUCAUACUCCCCGACUCAUGUCCUCACACCCGAGGAGACAGAUUUGGUCUGGAAGUUCCGCUACCAUUUAACCAGAGAUAAGAGGGCUUUGACCAAGUUUGUCAAAUCGGUCAACUGGAGAGAUCAAAGUGAAUCGAGGCAAGCUAUACAAGUGCUUGGUCGUUGGACUUCGAUUGAUGUAGAUGACGCUCUUGAACUUCUUGGUCCCUCCUUUGACAACUCUGCCGUACGGUCCUACGCCGUAGAGCGGUUGCGAAAAGCUGACGACGAGGAGUUGCUGCUUUAUCUUCUCCAACUAGUCCAAGCACUUAAAUAUGAGCAUAUUAAAACAGACACGGAAGACGAAAGUGGUAACGAUUCAUCUCUUGCUCGAUUCCUGAUACAGCGCGCAGCGGCCAACUUCCUCCUUGGUAACUAUUUCCAUUGGUACCUAAUGGUUGAGUGCGAUGACCGCAGCCCCGAGCAAGGUGUCGAUAACCGCAACAUUUAUCGCAAGGUCGCUUAUGACUUUAUGGCUGAGCUUGUCAAGCAACCAGAUGGCCAAGAGACACGCAAGACUCUGCUUCGCCAAGCAGAGCUAGUUGCCAUACUCUCACGGAUCGCGCAAGAUGUUAAAACGUCAAGCGAAUCAAUUGCGAAGAAGGUUGAUCGUGUAAAACAUUUCUUGGCUGAUCCCAAGAACGAGCUUUUGACCUUCGAUCCGCCUCUACCGCUGCCACUCGAUCCAUCAGUACUGAUCACGAGUAUCAUCCCGGAUCAAACAGUGGUGUUCAAGUCCUCACUGAAUCCCUUCAAAUGCACCUUCAAGACCACGACCGGAAGCGCGUAUUCUAUCAUUUUCAAGUUGGGUGAUGAUCUUAGACAAGAUCAGCUUGUCAUCCAGAUCAUUACCCUCAUGGACCAGCUUCUACAAAAGGAGAACCUUGACCUCAAGCUAUCACCGUACAAAAUCCUGGCAACAAGUACUUCCGCUGGUGCCUCACAGUUUGUUCAGUCUGCCAGUCUGUCAAGUAUCGUCAACAAAUUCAAGAACAACCCAGCUCUGGCGUACCUCAAAUAUCAUAACCCGGAUGACAGACAACCACUUGGUGUUCGACAAGAAACACUCGAUACAUACGUAAGGUCAUGUGCAGGCUACUGUGUCAUAACCUACAUUCUUGGUGUUGGCGAUCGCCAUCUGGAAAACCUUCUCCUCGCUCCUGAUGGGCAUUUCUUCCACGCUGACUUUGGUUUCAUCCUCGGUCGAGACCCCAAACCCUUUGCGCCUUUGAUGAAGCUCUCCAAGGAAAUGGUGGACUGCAUGGGCGGCGUGCAGUCGGAGCACUAUAAGCAGUUCAAGCAGUACUGCUUCCUGUCAUAUACAGCGCUACGGAAGUCGUCAAACCUGAUUCUAAAUCUUUUUAGCCUCAUGGUUGAUGCCAACAUUCCCGAUAUCAAACUCGAGCCAGACAAGGCCGUGCUCAAGGUCCGAGAGCGUUUCCAUCUGGAGUUGAGUGAAGAGGAAGCACUGAGAUACUUCGAUCGGGUUAUUGAGGAUACCCUAACAGCGUAUGCACCUGUCGUCAUUGACAAGUUGCACGAGUGGGCGCAGGCUUUCCGGGCGUAG